AUGCUCCGCACGCUUAGCUCUGUUAGCCUCCUCAUCGGCCUUCAUGCCAUUGCAGUCACUGCCAACAAACCCCCGAUAAUCCAAGGCCCAAUCACAGUGGGAACCAAAGGCCAUCCUUUCAGCGCAUAUGCUGGGAAUAUCUCCUCUAUAGGCUAUGUCGAAGAAGAGUUUUUUCUCAGCGGGGAUGCUGUUCGAUACAAUGUUGUCGGUAACUUGACAAGUGAUGGUCAUUGGACGUUAUCCUACAACAGCACUGCCUCAUACAAAACCCGUAUGCUCAUCCGACGCCCAUUGGAUCAUAAAAGGUUCAACGGCGAUGUUCUUGUCGAGUGGAUCAACGUUUCCGGCGGUUUCGACAUUACAUCUACCGACCUUCCAGGCGUCUAUGAAGCGGGCUACAUAUGGGCCAGUAUUGACGCCCAAGCUACUGGUAUCGAAGGCGGAGCAACGAAUCCCCAAGGCCUCAUUCAAUGGGACCCAGUGCGAUAUGGCACGCUGAAUAUUCCUGAUGAUGCCAUCUCCUAUGAUAUUGUCAGUCAAGCUGCCAGUGUUUUGCGCAGUGGCAAUGUCACUGGAGGUCAAAUUCCUGAGCAUGCCAUCCUUGUUGGGGCUUCUCAAUCCGGUAGCCGAGUUUUGGGUUAUACAAAUGGUGUCCAGCCAUUGAAUGGCUCAUAUGAUGCCAUCAUUCCGGCCAUCUGUGCUGGUGCUUCUUCUGAUUUCAGCCCUGUCCCUGCUCACCCUACUCCUGGCCAGAGUGGUCGCACUGUGGCCACCAACUCAAGUGGAGUGAUGGACUACGUUCGAGAUGCCGAUGGUAAUACCAAGGGCGGAAUCCGUCUUCCAGAACUUGCCGUGCCCGUCGCCGGGUACAACGGCAUUAACAACGGUCUCUCUGGCAACACAUACCCAUUUUCCGAUUCCAAGUUGAAUGCUUUGUAUCCAACUCACCAAGAGUAUGUUGCCAAGGUUAAAGCAGCUGCUUAUGCGUCUUUACAUGAAAAGGUCAUUUUGGAAUACCAGGUUAAGAAUUACACGCGCGCAGCGGAGGUCGCUAACGUUCCUCCACAAUGCACUAGCUCUUAG